AUGUCAUUGGAAAUCAAUUCAAGCAGGGCACAAAUAAUAUUAAAUAACGUAAUCACCAACACGAACGAUAGCAAGAGCGGUAGCAUCAUUAAUAAUAAAAGUAAAAAGAAAAAUCGAAGCCGUGUGCACACGGAGAAGCAAGAAAUAGGGAAACCUGCACUAAAAACAAGGGCAGCAGCAAAGAAAAGCAAACGUUCCCAACAGUCGGAAGAAUCUGAAUAUAAAGCUUUCGUUGGCAAAAUAUUACACACUGUCUCCGAAUUAGAACACUAUUUGGUCGAAGAUCAUCAGCAGGAUUAUAAGCUACGCAUGGCAUUGGAACAUCAAAAAGAACGAGUAAGUGACUUAAGUAGUUCGCUGGCAAACGAAAAGAGACGCAAUAAACGUUUAGUGGAUCUGAUACGCAGCGUAGAUUCGGUUACCUCGGAAGAGGAAGAACUUGGAAAUGACGAUCGAAAUUCAAAGAAAGAUAGAGCUCUUAAGAACGGACGGAGUGUCGUACAAAGAUGGCCUUUAAAUACAAGCAAUGAAGCAUACGAAUCCAUUAGUCCUCUGUUAAUGCAUCAAAGAUACGAUGAGCUAUCGACUUCAUAUAAACAAUGCAGACGUCAGUUGCUGAAAAAGGAGAAACAAGUAGCUAUAUGCAAAUGCGAGAAAGAAAGGUUACAAGCUCAGUGCGACCAACUGAUGGAUGAAUAUCGAUCUUCGCAGAAACGUUUCGAAGGGCUGUGCUGCCGUUACUUACGUUUACAAAAACGUAAAAACUAUGAGAUCCAGCAGCUUCGGGAAACUUUAACUCAUGCCAGUGAUUGCGUAAUCGGCGCCCAAUUGAUGAUGGACAAAUGCGAAGGAGAUGAUGCUAAGUACGGUGCCAAAGAAUUUAAUCAAAAUUUACAGCAUUUCAUUAAGAGUCUGCAGCUUUGUGAAUGGACUAAAUGCAGUUGCAGCAGUAUUGCUAGUCAAGAGAAGUAA